UCAACUGCGGCGUUGAAUCUCAUUUCCCUGUAAACAAACUCAGAGCAAUUUACUGGUCGUUUUGAUUUUUGUGGAGGUUUUGGGUUUUUCCCCCAAUCGGAAAUGGCUUCCGCAUCGUCUUCUUCUCCUUCCGGCGCCGUCGUCACCGACAGAAGAGGAAUUCCGGCAGCUCAGUUCGUGGAGGACGUUCGUACCUAUCUCUCUCAAUUAGAACUCGAUGUUCAAUCCGCCCUUGCUUUUCUUCAAGAGCGACUUCAGCAAUACAAAUUAGUUGAGAUGAAGCUCCUUGCUCAACAAAGAGACCUGCAGGCAAAGAUCCCAGACAUAAAGAAGUGUUUGGAUAUAGUUGCUACUUUACAAGCAAAGAAGGAUGCAGCAACUGGUGAGCCACUUGUAGCAGAUUUUGAGAUCUCUGAAGGCAUAUAUUCUCGAGCUCGCAUCGAGGAAACUGAAUCAGUUUGUCUGUGGCUUGGUGCAAAUGUCAUGCUGGAUUAUUCAUGUGAAGAGGCGACAGCCCUCCUACAGAAGAAUCUGGAUAAUGCUAAAGCAAGCUUAGAAGUUCUUGUUGCCGAUCUACAGUUUUUGAGGGACCAGGUGACAAUAACUCAGGUGACGAUAGCCCGUGUUUACAACUGGGACGUUCAUCAGCGUCGAGUUCAGCUAGCUGGCAGCAGUGUAGAAGACUCAUAAGGUUUUCAUGGCCAGCCCUAAAAAAAUUCCAUUGUUGGCAGAGAAUCCAUUUCCUGAUUGGCAGUUCCAUCUUGAUCCAUACCUUUUGAAUUUAGGCCGUUCAAAUUUUCCAUUUGGUUGUCAUUGUCAAAAAAAAUUUGAACCUUUUCAUUCGUGGGUUCUGAUCACACCUACACUUUGAGAUAAUACUCCCCAUAACCAACAAAAAAAAGCCAUUGUAGAAGAGAAGCGAUGCCUAUAUCUAGGAUGAGUUUUUUUUAAAAUUUUUUUUUUAAUAUAUAUAUUAGGAAGCUUUUUUGUGCCUUGCCUGUCCUGUUACAGUUGUUAGAUUCUAUUGCUUUAAGUUUCAGGAUGAUGGGUGUCCCGGUUGCGUCCCUUGGUUUAGGGACUUCAUAACUUUCUGUGUAUGUUGAAAUUGUUAAAAUCAUUUUUGUGGUAUUCUAAGUUACUUUAAAAUAA